GAAGAUGGGUCCCACUCUUAUUUUGGCGGGGAUUUCAAGACCUGGAACGUGCCUAACGAUGAACCGGGCAAGUUUACAAGCAGGCAGUUGUUCAAGGCCGGUAGUCCGCACACUGGCAAUGGACCCCAAUCUACUGCGACUCCACCUUACCACUACCACUACUACCAGACCGAAACCUUCCACGUGCUCUCUGGUACCCUUUGCUACAAGAUUGACGGCAAAUUCGGUCGUUUGCAACCGGGACAGUCCAUCAGGAUCCCUACCUAUGUGAAGCACACGUUCUGGAACGACCCGGAGACGGGAAAAGAUUUAGAAGUUCACGUGACUGUCGAGGGAGGGGAUAACGACGGGUUCUCGGACGACUUCGUGCACAACUUUUAUGGGUAUCUUUCGUCUCAAACGCUCCAAAAUGCAACCCCCAACCCGUUCCAGAUGCUUCGGUUUCUCCAUUCGGCCGACGUCGCGCUGGCCGACAUUCCAGGGUGUAGAUAUACCGCCCCCGUCAUAAAUUUCGUAUUCGGCAAGUUCUGCUCUCGCUCUCCUCGCCACCGCUCGCUCGAGAGUUGA